CGUCAUGAAGAAACAGCCGGCCCGAUCGCUCGAACGAUUUCCAAACAACCGCAACGACGGAUUCCGGAUCGGUGGCGAAGUUUACGGGAGCAAUUAGCACAAAAUCUCUAUCUAGUAUGACAAGGAUUUGCAAUUGCAGGAAAAUAGAUUUGUAUCUGGUCAAAUUUUUAAGUUCUCGCAAGAUUGUUCGUUCCAUGAAGUUUUCUUAACGACGAACUGGACAGGGUACUUUCCCCGUAGAGGAAGCACGGAUUGCAUCCGCGAGUUGCACACACGGCUCUGGAAAGGUCAAAGUGUUUCGAAUGCAAAUCGCAUUAGGCCCGUAAAGAUCGUAUAUAAUAAGAUGACAUAACGAAACAAUUAUUAUAUGCAACAAUUUCUUACAUGUGAUGUUGGACGUUCAGUCGCAGAUUAUGUAAAAUAACAAUUAAUUACUCGUACGCGUGCUAUGAAAUAAUAUCUUUUGAAAAAAAAAAUGUGUAAGUUCUGUUUAAUUUCUUGGAUGGCCUUGUCCGGCGUUUAACAGUAUUCUAAAAUGUCGUUCUCUGGAACAGGCACACAGGUGGACGACGGGACUGUUUUUGUGAUUCGUCGAUGCGACGACGUUAGGGGAUGUCGUUGGCAAGGCAUAACCUGUCAACCACAGGCGCUGAUGAUGUUUAUAUAAUCAUGUGGUUAAAUUGUUGCACACUGUGUUGUCCGUGCGCUUACGUAACUGAAAUUCAAUUGCAUUUUCACUGGAAAACUGAUACCGGUACUAUGAGGCCGCACAAAUGGAUGCGUAAGACAUCCGGAAGCAGAUUCGAAGGCAUCGAUAUGUUUCAGCCAAAUGAAUGGACGCAUGGAAGGGCCCGAUACGCAUCUGAAGGUAUAAUGUCUUUAUUUCCAAAUAAUAUGCUUUCGCUGAUUGACAAUGCGGCGGACGGUGAAGCACGUGAUUGUCGAAAGAAAAAUAAUAAGAAUAGACAUCGGCACGCUGACUCUUGGAUGUUACGGCGGCAAGAUGACACAAUGAUUAUAGCUGUUUCCGCGAAAGUAUUGUGUUACAAGAGGAGGGUCAGCUUACCAAUCAAUGUUGAGAAACGAAUUCCGGAAUCACCGGUCAGUUCGGAAUUCGAGGAUACCGACAUUCUCCUCCUCCUUACCGAUGGUAACCCAAGUAAAUUGAUACUCGAUAUGUGAGCGAAGGCAUACACGUUUAAUAUUAAUAACGUUACGUUCAUUACGCCCAUCCCCGAUUUCUUAAUCAUAAUUGAUUAAUGAUUACGAGAGAUAUAUAUAAUGAGAUGAUUCAGUUGCGAUACAGGCGAUACAUCGAAUGUUUAAAUGAAUGCAUAAUGAAGCAAUUAUAUGCUAAUAAUAUAUAUAGACGAGAUUAGAAAUU